AUGCAUCUCAGUUUCAUCCUCAUCACACUGACAUACUACGUGUCUGGCUCAUACGCCCUCUGCUACACAUCCGGAAGGCUGGGCGACUACGGAAAAUGGUUGAAGGAAAAAGAGCCCACCAUCGACAAAGAACGCCUCAGCAUUGCAUGUUCGACUCUGGUCGGCCGCGGGGAUGUUUCGUUCGCCAAACAUGAGUCGAGAAGCACAUGUAUGCAAGAGGAUUUGCGGACCAAGUGGGAUUUCAAAAUCGAGGUAUACUACAACAAGUCCAGACCUAGUUCUCUACGAACCUUUCUCUUUGGUCAUAUAAAUGUCUUCGCUGUUGUUGGAAUUGACAAGAUUGGCAGAGGCUGA